AAUGAUGUCCCCAAUGUCCCCCCAGCUGACCCGCCGAGCUCUGUUCCCCGGUGACUCCGAGAUCGAUCAGCUGUUCCGCAUUUUCCGCACUCUGGGCACUCCGGACGAGGCCGCCUGGCCGGGGGUGUCGGCGCUGCCGGAUUACAAAGCCACCUUCCCCCGCUGGGCGCGCCAGGACCUGGCCAAGGUUCUGCCGCCGCUGGACGACGAGGGCCGCAAGCUCCUGGCGCAAAUGCUGCACUACGACCCCAACAAGAGAAUUUCAGCCAAGGCCGCCCUGGGCCACCCCUUCUUCCGUGAUGUCACCAGAGCUGUCCCCCACCUGCGCCUCUGACCCCAAAACGGCCCCAAAUCCCCCAAAAACGGCCCCGAAACCCCAAAAACGGCCC